AUUGCAAACACAACAGAAAACAACGGUGAUGCGAUGGUUGAGUGAACGUAUUUCGUGAAUUCAAGGAUUCAUUGUGAUUCUUUAAAUAUGUCGUUUAUUAAGUGACCAUGAUUUCCACAUGUUUAAGCUCUACAAAUGUGAUAGAGUAUAUGUCUUUAAGCCAAAAUUCUGUUUACCUGAAAAAUUCAGUAAAACAAGUGGAAUUUUUAUCCCGUUACUCGGGGGAAAAUUGAGGUAACAUAAGAUUCUAACACACUGAUAGAAAGAAACCCUAAGAGGAAAAGUUGUACGUGUUUCGUGUGAGUUGUAUGUCUCCAAGAAAAGGCAUAAACUUAGGCGGACAACAGGAGUCGUCGAAAACGUAACGGAUUCGGAAUUUCUGCACUUUGGGAUAUAACAUGAGUGAAAAUCGGAACAUCAUGAUAGGACGGACCUCUUAUCCUGCUCCUGGAGGUUCUAUGUUAAACCAGUCAAUAUCACAUGUCCAAAUGUCUCAUCAGAUAGGGAACUCCCAGAUGAUAAUGGGAGGCAGCAGCAUGUACUCGGGCAUGCUUGUCAAGCCUGGAUCAAAUUACUCUAGUCCUCGUUCAAGUGUGGGCAGUGGGGGAGAUUCCAAGGGUUCAAGUCCCAGAACAAGUCUUACAAACCCGCCACCUCCCCCUCCUUAUGACCAGAGGUUUGGCAGUCCUCGUUCAAGCAUGGCGAGUCCGAGGUCAAGUAUAUCUGGUACAUCAUAUGAAUCCAAACUGUCUAGUCCCAGAACAAGUCUAGUGGGUGUGUCAGGUGUAAUGCUGGACAAAUUUCCACCAAGUCCCAGAAACAGUAUGGUUCUAGACAACUAUGGACAAUAUCAUUCAAAUGUCAGUUUGGGACCUACAAAAAAUUUCUAUCUAUUGAAUGACAGUCGCUUUAAUGAACCUGCUCCACAUGCACCCCCUGCAUACUCAGAUCCGAGACUGAGAAUGCAUGUUACCCCAGUAAGUGUGUCUCAAAUGAAUAAUCAAAAUCUCAAUGGAUCUCAGUUUCACAAGCAGAUGAAUGGUAAAUUGAAUUCAAUGUCUGGAAGCCUGAACAGCUUACCUGGGUCUCAGGGAGCACCUCCAGCUAUCCCUGCCAGAAUCCCUCUCAAUCAGACACCUAGUAGCAAUAAAAACUUUGAAAUGGAGUUAGCCGUGUUAACACAGCAAUUAGAAGACAGCAUGAAAAUGGCUGGAUCUCAGAACUUUCCAGCGGAUCAGACUGUUCACAAACCACCCCCUCCCCCUUAUCAUGGUCCCCAUAAAACUGAACCUGUCCCUAGUUUACCACCCAGAAAUCCACGAUACACGACGGCGAGUCCUAACCUUAUCCAGACCUGCCAGCAUCACCAGCAGCCUCUGACGUCCACUGCUGGAUUUGUCACCUCCACUGUCCCCGCCCCGGGGAAAAAUCCCCCCUCCGUGGCCGUCAGGCCCCAGGCACAGAUGCCAUUCCAUAUCACAACACAUCCCGGAAAAUCUGUCGCCGACAGCAUCGAACAAAAAGUGGCGGCUCUCACCCAACAGCUAGAGGAUGACAUGGAAAAAUCUCCGCAAGGAGAAUAUUUUGGUCAGUGCUUUACCUGUGGGGAGAGGGUGUCUGGUGCUACAGAAGCGUGUCAAGCUAUGGGCAAUCUCUAUCACACCAAGUGUUUUGUCUGCUGCUCCUGUGGACGGACGCUGAGGGGGAAGGCCUUCUACAAUGUCCACGGGAAGGUGUACUGUGAAGAGGACUAUCUGUAUUCUGGUUUCCAACAAACUGCGGAGAAGUGUUGUGUCUGUGGCCACUUGAUCAUGGAGAUGAUAUUACAAGCGAUGGGGAAAGCCUAUCACCCGGGCUGCUUCAGGUGUUGUGUGUGUAACGAAUGUCUGGAUGGAGUGCCAUUUACCAUCGAUGUGGACAACAAAAUCUACUGUAUAGCUGACUAUCACAGAGUGUAUGCUCCCAAGUGUGCCGCAUGUGGCCAGGCAAUCACCCCAGUAGAGGGAACAGAGGAGACAGUCCGAGUUGUAUCAAUGGACAAAGACUUCCACGUGGACUGUUACCAUUGUGAGGACUGCGGUCUACAGCUGACGGAUGAAGCGGAUAAGCGCUGUUAUCCACUGGAUAAUCACCUGUUUUGUCACGGAUGUCACAUCACCAGACUUAAGAGUCAGUUCCCAGAUGAGCACUUUUUCUAUGACCCGGUGACCAAGAACAUCCAGAAUAGAGUCACCAAAGACGGCAAACAACGCAACAGCAUAGCUGUCACACCCGCCUCUCUAGAGUCCUAUCCCCAGAAUGUACCCCCCUCCCGGGCCCCUCCCCUGUCUAAAUCAGAUUCCCCCUCUCCGGGCCCCGCCUCUCCCGCGAUGAUGAAUGGAGGAGGGAAUUAUAAUUAUUCCAAUCGAUACGACGGAAGUUCCUACCAUCCUCAACCUGGACCACAAGUCCCAUCCACGAAGUCAGGGGCCACCCGGUACCAGGUCACAGAUCUAUAAAUAGACUGGGAAAAGUCCUCAGUUUUAUAAAGCAUGAUGUUAAAUUGUAAGAUGCAUUGUCAUGUUGAAUUAUAAGUGUCUAGUGGCUGGCUCACACUUUUUUUUUUAAAUUUUCUAGUGUAUGAUGAUGAAUUAUUUUUGUUUUUGUGUUUGUUUUAGUUAAUUUUACAAUUUUUAUGAUGUAUGUCUCAAUUAAACAUCAUACAUUUAUUGAGCAGCAUUAAAAUUACACUUGUUAGUGCUUGUCUGGUAAGAAUCUUGUUGUCUCUCAUCUCUGUAAAAAUGUCAACAUUCCAAAGAAAAGUAUCGGCUAAAAAUUCCACUUUGUACAUAUUUUCUUGUGUCCAUUUUGAAACAUCAAGAUAUUUUGGGAAUUGAGAAUCCAUGAAUUGAGAACAUACUGGUUUCUGAUAUUAUGUACACCUGUAGGUUCUUAUUCUGUUUACUUGAGAAAUCAUUCAGUUAGAAAUCCAAUUGUUGUGUUGGACUCGGAGCACCAGCUUGGAUUCAAAUGUUUAUUGGUCUAAGGGCAGACAACUGCAAUUGAUUGUUAUUAUCCAUCAAUUUUGAAGAAGUUGAUAUUUACAAUAGGCAAUAAAUCCUUGAUUACUUGUCGACUAAAUGUGUUCAGUAUUGCAAUAGUCCUGAGGUAGGCAGAUUGUAAAUAUAUCUUCCAGUGUGUAUGUAUAAGUAUUCCAGGGUACUAGAUGACUUUAUUUUGACUUGUAUCUGCUGGUUUCACAGUUGUAAGAGGAACAAUUUAUUUUAAUCACUGCUAGUCAAUUGUCUUAUCCAUGACCUAAUUCCUUUUUAACAUUAUUCACCAAUUCAUUGAAAUAAAAUCAUGUAUAAAUUAACUUUUGAAUCAAGAUUAAGCCAUGAACAUGUAUUUCAUUACCCUGUUUUGUUCUUGUCAAAUAUAUUUUUAAAAGCUGACAUAUUAUUUAUUUCAUUGUAUGAUAAGUAUAGUAUUUAGCAAGGUUUUGUCCUGUCUCACAUUUCCUGUUUUAUUUUGUUACACAUAUUAUCACCAAUCCUUGAUUUUGUCUUGAAACUGUUCAUGUCAACGACAACUCUCGUUUGCCUUGUGCUUUUUUCCCGUUUCAGUACAGAUGUGUAAAAAAAAAUAUGGAGUGUUUUUGAGGGCAAUAUCCAUGUAAGAGAAUCUCACCUACUGCCUAUGGUAAUUAAGAAUAUUGUUAAGUGUUGGUAGCAUUUGAAAAAUAUACCGUACAUUUUACAACAGUGUUCCAAGGUUUUGCUGAAAUGCAGUUUAUCAAACAAUUGAUCUUGUACCAAACAUCAUCAUCCAUGCAAUAUCUGGAUCACAGAGAGGCAUGUUGGGACUAGA